UUUUCUUCCAAUCUUCCGUGUAAAGAAAGCAGUGCUGGCACACUCAACGGGACUUCUUUCACCUCCGUACGGAACAGCGCAUUCCCCAAAUCGAAAACCCUAAUUCCCAAUUUGGGUUUCCAGUUAAUCAUCCAUUCUGGAAACUCCGGAGCUGACCAAUUGAUUGUGGUUAGGGUUUUCAUCUCGCCAUGACGAUCAAGCUAUGGUUGAAUCUGAUGAAGAAGCCCCAGGCCCAGCCCUACCUGAACCCUAAUCUCGACCCUGUCUUAUUGGUGCCUGGUAUCGGUGGCUCCAUGUUGAACGCCGUAAACGAUAGCGACGGUAGCCAGGAACGGGUUUGGGUUCGCUUCCUUUCCGCCGAGUACAAGUUGAAGACCAAGCUUUGGUCACGUUACGAUCCUUCUACUGGGAAAACCGUAUCCAUGGAUGAAAAUACCAGAAUUAUGGUCCCCGACGAUAGGCAUGGACUCUAUGCAAUUGAUAAUUUGGACCCUGACAUGGUAAUUGGAUGUGAUUCUGUGUAUUAUUUCCAUGACAUGAUCAUUGAAAUGCGUAAAUGGGGGUUUGAAGAGGGAAAAACACUUUUUGGCUUUGGAUAUGAUUUUCGCCAAAGCAACAGGUUGCAGGAAAUAUUGGAUCAGUUGGCUGCAAAAUUAGAAUCAGUGUAUAAUGCUGCAGGAGGGAAAAAGAUAAACAUCAUAAGUCAUUCUAUGGGCGGUCUUUUGGUGAAAUGUUUCAUGAGCCUGCAAAGCGAUGUUUUUGAGAAAUAUGUUAAGAAUUGGAUUGCGAUUGCUGCGCCGUUCCAGGGUGCACCUGGAUGUAUCAAUUCUACCUUUUUAAAUGGAAUGUCAUUUGUGGAGGGAUGGGAGCAAAAUCUUUAUAUUUCCAAAUGGAGCAUGCACCAGUUGCUAAUUGAAUGUCCGUCAAUCUACGAACUGAUGGGUUGUCCUAAUUUUCAUUGGCAACACAUUCCUUGUCUGGAAUUAUGGCGUGAUAAGCAAGAUCCUGAUGGGAAAUCUCAUAUUAUUCUGGAGUCAUAUCCGCCAUGUGAUAGCAUUGAUGUUUUGAAGCAAGCUCUUGUAAAUAACACAGUUAAUUAUGAUGGUGAGAACAUUCCCCUGCCCUUCAACUUGGAGAUCUUAAAAUGGGCAAAUAAAACAUGGGAGAUUCUGUCUUCUGCCAAACUUCCCUCGAAUGUCAAAUUUUACAAUAUUUAUGGGACCAAUCUUGAGACAGCUCAUAGUGUUUGCUAUGGAAGUGAGAACAAGCCUGUCUCAGAUCUGCAACAGUUACGUCAUUUCCAGCCCAAAUGCAUAUGUGUUGAUGGUGAUGGAACAGUUCCAAUGGAGUCAGCUAAGGCUGAUGGACUCAAUGCAGAGGCAAGGGUUGGAGUCCCAGGUGAACACCGAGGUAUCCUUCGUGAGGCUCAUGUAUUCCGGCUUGUUAAGCACUGGCUGAAGGCUGGAGAUCCAGAUCCCUUUUACAAUCCCCUGAAUGAUUAUGUGAUUCUACCUACUGCUUUUGAAAUGGAGAGGCAUAAAGAGAAGGGUCUAGAAGUAGCAUCCCUUAAAGAGGAAUGGGAGAUUAUUUCCAGAGACCAAGAUGACCAAAGCAAUACUGCUGAUAAAAUGUCCUUGAGCUCCAUAUCAGUUUCGAAUGAAGGAGCCAAUCAAUCUUACUCUGAGGCUUAUGCUACCAUCAGUGUUCACCCUGGUAACGAGGGUAAACAGCGUGUUCAACUGAAUGCCUUGGCUGUUUCAGUUGAUGCCUCAUGAAUUAUUUUCUGUUGGAAGUCUGAGUGCAGGGAAUACUGUCUAUAUUGUUGACUGUGGUUGGCAUCUCUUGUAUAUAAGGAUAUUCGUAUGUCGAUGCUGACAUAUUCCUCCACGUUUUAUGUAUGAUAUGACCAUCUUUCGGACAUUCUUAUCUCUGUAAAGAGUGACGUGCUGUCUAAAGUACAUAUAAAAAGUUACUAUUUAUUAGCCUAUACUUGUACUGGUAAUGCCUUGUAUGUUUCUCUUCUGUGCAUUUUUCUUUUUUUGUUCCAA